ACAUAAUCGGACCCUGAGCCGGACUACGCAUUUACACUGACAGCGUAGUGUAGGGUGCCUCUCUUCUCAUCCACGACCAUGAAGAUCUUCUCACUCUCAGUUGUUCUUGCACCCUCCUCAGGCCCUUGUUCAGUUCUUAGCUCUGAUUCAGAUGUCUCCAGCUUCUCGUUUUACCAGAGAGGUUCCGUCAGCGAGUUUUUGACGUUCUUCACCAAGACCGUCAUAGAGAGAACUCCUCAGGGUCAGCGCCAGAGUGUACAAGAGAACAAUUACACAGCACAUGUGUACAACAAGGGUGGUGCGGAGCAGCUUGCAGCCAUCAUUAUUACUGACCAGGAAUACCCCGUUCGACCUGCCUUCUCUCUUUUAACAAAGCUCCUUGAUGAUUUCACUGCCAAAGUUCCCCAAUCUUCCUUCGCAAACCCAGGGUCGAUAUCAUUCCCAGAGAUCCAGACCUACAUUCAGAAGUACCAGGAUCCUCGGCAAGCUGAUACAAUUAUGCGGGUACAACAGGAACUAGAUGAGACAAAGAUUGUUCUGCACAAGACCAUCGAGUCUGUUCUUCAACGCGGGGAGAAGUUGGAUAACCUUGUGGAGCGAUCGAAUGCUCUAUCCUCGCAGACAAAGAUGUUCUACAAGACAGCUAAGAAGCAAAAUUCAUGUUGUGUGAUCAUGUAGACCACCGUUUUGCUUUCCUCAUUCAUGUACUCUCUGCGUUGCGGUUGUCGUUACGCGGACUAGGUAAUUAGUAACACAUCCGUCAGUUCUAUAUUUCACCUGUCGUGAGCCAUUGUGAACAGUUUCUUGUCAUCAUGAUCGAGCAAAUGAAUGAGUUUAUGCGC